AUGGCACCAACCGUUGAUGAAAACCUCCUUCCGCCGUCAGAAUUCGAAAUUCCUUUGAUGAACUUGGCUGCGCCUGCUGCGGCGGUAGCGGCUCCGGAUAAUUAUCCAUUAAAUGGCGACUCCUACCCGAAAGCAACGAAGGCAACUAUUAAUUUCAAUACCCAAACACAACAGAAAAAACUGAAGAAUACCAUUGGUGGAGACAGGACGAGUCCUGCUCCAGUUAACGCUCCACCAAGGACAAAUAUCUCGGGCCAGACGAAUACACAAAAGCCAAAGCGUGUGCGGACUGGGUGCUUAACCUGCAGAGAGCGACAUCUCAAAUGCGACGAGACGCUUCCACGAUGCCAGAACUGCCAAAAGUCCGACCGGUUGUGUAAGCGUGGCGUACGACUAAACUUUAUCGACACCCAUGUCGCAGCACCCCCGUACGCAGCGCCAUUCGCCCAUGAUUGGCAGGUCAACUUCCAGGACGAAUCUCGUCAGAUUGCUUCAGAAUAUCGGGGAGGCUUUGAGAGAUAUCCUCGCGUAAAGAAAGAAACUCCUCCCCGAGAACCUACAGCUGACCUGCCCUCGUACGAUUUCCCUGAUAUCAUGGGUGGCCCAUCCCUUUCGCAUCAGAGCAUCCCAGACGCUACUCCUCUCCUUUCUCACUAUCCCGAGUCGCAACAACCGGAUAUCAUAUUAUGUGCUACGACGGCGGUAGCUCUUAAUGUUUACGAAAUAAUGUGUGAAAAUGCGAUGCAGCGAAUGAACCAUAUCGCGGGCGCCCGCGCUCUCAUCAAGGAGUGUCAAUGGGAUGCCACAAGCAUCGGAAUAGGAGGCGCUUGCUUCUGGCUUAAUGUUGCCAUGGAGUUGUUGAGUUGCCUCCAUUUCAACUGGACAAUGGCUUGGGACCCGGAUACUUGGGAUAUAAAUAUGAACAUGUCACCGCCGGAGAAUAAUAUCACAGGCAAUGAAGAGCUAUGGACCCAUCGGAUGGUGUAUAUCUGUGCAAAAAUUGCCAAUUUCCGAUCAACGAUUCCGCAUUUCCGGAACCCUGAUCCGACAGCGCAUGAUAUGCGAUUGAACGAGCGAAUCCAGGAAUGGAAUACGUAUAAGGAAUGGUGUGACGAGUGGGCGAGAUGCGUACCGCGCUCAAUGAUGCCGCUUGGUUACGUGCAGCCUUGGCAAACACGUUCGAAGUCGUCCUUCCCGGAGGUCUGGCUUAUUCAGCGUACAGCUAUUGUAGGCAGGCUUUUUUAUCACACAGCAUGUUGCCUGCUUGCAGGGAUUCACCCCACGGAAACCGAGAAUAUGACGGCGAUGCAACAGAGCCACGCCCACGAUAUUUGCGGAAUUGUGGCACAUGUGAAAGACAGAGGCGUCGCCAGCGUUUCCAUCCGCUGCCUUGCCAUUGCCGCGGAAUGCCUGACCAACCGACUAGCACAGGAAGAAGUCUUGCGAAUUUUCGAAAAAAUUGUGAAAGAAACAGGUUGGCAGGUCGACUUUCUGCGCAUCGAACUGAUGGAGAAGUGGGGAUGGAGACAAAAUGAUAAUAACGACAACAACGAUACUAUUAAUAUUCAUAAUAAUGAUGAUGAUGAUAAUGAUAAUGAUAAUAAUAGCUCCCUCCCGCAACAACAUGGGCAGCAACCACCGACUGUCUCAACAACGCCAGGGCCAUCCGUACCGCCGUCAUUACUCCCCUCGUCCCUUCUGAAUCCUGGCUCGUCUAAUCCCGACACAAGUGGACGCAGCCCAAUUCCGUCCCGCCCACGGAUGCCUCAGGGAAUCGUGAACCCUCUUAUGGCUACUGCGGACUUUUCGUAUGAGAACCAUCCAUACCAGAGCCAUUACGUCGCGCCGCAUAGUCACAAUCAGAUGGAGUAUUCGCAUUACGAAUCUUACUGA